GCAACGGCUCUGAUGCUUAACUCUUACUAAGCAUCUCACCGCCAACCGCUGGACGGGACUCGGGAGCGGCAAGAACAACGUGAUCGUGCAAGCUAGCCGCUUUCGCUCAUCCGGAUGCCGACAGCCUCGGCCCAUGGUGCGGUCAGCCAGUGAUGGCGAGGUGAUUUGUCUUCUUCCCAUCGCUGGAAUCACCCUCCAACAACAGAAUACACCUACGAUUGUGGUAUUCCGCCUACACAGACCGAAGCCCACAUCGACAACAUACACGCCAUUGCGCAGCGAAGACCCCUACGAUACCACCACUACCACCAAUCCAAAAUGUCGAAACAAUUCACGGCAAACGAAGUCAAGGAGCAGGGCUCGGUAGAGAAGGGUCUACACAUCAUCAUCGACAACAACGUAUACAAGCUAGACACCUUUGUGGAUGAGCAUCCCGGCGGCGCAAAGAUCCUCAAGCGCGUGGGUGGCAAGGACGCAAGCAAGCAGUUCUGGAAGUACCACAACGAAAGCGUCCUGAAGAAAUAUGGAGGCAAGCUAAAAGUGGGAGAGGUGAAGGAGGCCGCUAAGCUAUGAAGAACGGAAGGUACAUCUUAGAGAACACAAUGAUACCCUUUACGACCUGCCACGCACGCUACGAUUUGGCAUAAGCAUAUAUAAGAUACACUUUGGGUUGUGCUUUUUGGAUUAUGGCGAUAUCUCCCUACAUCCUUCGAAAGACUUCAAUGGAGCGGAUGAGACUGUUUGGGACCAACGUACGUGCAUUUGACAUGAUAAGGUACCGAGCUGAAAUUACCUUAUGUAGCUAGAGAUGGGCGUUAUCAAGUCGUAAGGAAAUGACCA